GUUUUGCUGGAUGUCUUUUAAUAAUGUACAUCGUAUAUAUGUCUAAGUACACUAGCACUCAAUGUAUCAACGGCUUUCUCUGCCACAAUGUAUGGCUUUGCGCUGUUAGACCGUGUUCGGAGGUGUGAUGAUCGGCUAGAUCGGCUCUGUUCAUCUUAUCAAUGCAGAUGAGGACAUUCGCUCGCCAUCCUCCCAUUCCGCGUACACGCAUCUUGUACUUCUACCACGUCCUCGCCCCUUUCCACCUCGCUCUCCCAGCAUCAGCCAGUCGUUUUCCUCGCCCACAAACUAUUUCUCAACCGACGGAACCGGACUUCUGAGCUGCAUAUAAUAACCCUCCAGCGCCCCCUGAUUCCACUCUACCUCUCUCAUUUAUCUUGUCUAGAAUGUCGGCGACUGAUUCCCUCCCGAACGUACACACCAUCACUUCUCCGGCGCACUUCCAGGAGCUACUCUCCACUGACUUGUCGCGCGUCUCGUUACUCAACUUCUGGGCGCCGUGGGCCGAACCGUGUACGCAGAUGAACGAGGAAGUCACUAAACACGCGAAAGAACAUCCGAACUUGCUCGUCCUCAAUAUAGAAGCGGAAGAACAGGCAGAUAUUGCGGAGAGCUUUGAGAUCGCUAGUGUCCCGACGUUCAUCGUCCUAAGAGGUCAUACCCUGCUUGCACGUGUCGAAGGAGCCGACUCAACUAAACUUACCUCUGAGAUUACCAACUACACUCGGACUACGCCAAAGGCGCUCUCAUAUACUGACAAAUCUCCUGCCGCUCCCCCGCCAGCCGAGAAGCAGGAAACGAAGGAGGAGCGUGACGAGCGAUUGCGGGGACUGAUGACGCAGGAACGCGUAAUGUUGUUCAUGAAAGGUAGCCCAGAUGUGCCGCGAUGCGGUUUCUCGAGACAGACUGUGGCAUUGUUACGGGAGCGGGGAGUCGAGUUUGGUUAUUUUGAUAUUUUGACGGAUGAGACCGUACGAAGUGGUCUCAAAGAGUUAAAUAAUUGGCCAACGUUCCCACAACUUAUUGUAGACGGUGAAUUCGUCGGCGGUCUAGAUAUUCUUCGCGAGAUGGUCAAGAAUGACGAAUUCGAUGAGGUCGUUAAAGCUGAAUGAUCUGUAAUGUAUGAACCGCUGAGUGUAUCUUGAUUACAAUUUAUCACUUUAGUGGAGUCC